CUUAUCCGUAAUAUAUUCGACAUUGAACAGUAUGGAUAUAACUUAAGAUGUGAUUUGUUCCAUUGCGUUAAUUAUCAGAAAUGAAGAACACUACUGCCCGUCCUCAGACUUCCAAUCAUUCAGGAUCUAAAAAGAUUGAAAACGUCCCGCACUCUGACAAGGCCACACAGCAGCCAAAUGAAGUAGAAACUGAGCAGCCGAAAUUUCUCACUGGAUGGGUGCCUGUUGUAAAGAUUUUCAAUACAAGGCACAGAGCAGUUCGUCUUCUCUGGAUAGUGUUCACUGCAUCUAUGGUGGUUGCAUUGGUCAGUUCUAUCAGUGUCGUGGUUCAUCGUUACUUGUCUUACGUCACAGUAGUGCGUCUGGAUCAGCAAGGACCCCAAGAAGGGGUCGGACCGCCAGUAGUCACGUUGUGCCUUCCUGAGCAUGAAACUGACAAAAUGCACAUAUCCGCAGAUGUCAACUCGCCCGAAAUCCUCAGUGGGAUUUCACGCACAUGUGACAAAGAUUUCGCUCUCCGCUGGGACUCGAAAAACGAUGCAGUAUCCAACGUAUACUCGAGUGGUGGCCAUUUCGCUAUAAAUCUUCGAGCGGGUCCCGUGGGUUGCUACACUAUGAAAGUUUAUGAACAGGUACCGUAUCCGCCCAAUUCGAUUUGUACAAGUUUUGAAUUGGAACCCGUGCCUUCGAAAACUCCCGUGUUUUGGAAACUCUUUGCAGUCACAGUGGAACUCACCGAACCGCACAGGAAUUUCACCGGUCGACCACUGAUCAUUGUGCACGAGCCGCGCAGCUUUCCAUUGGACAAUUUCGGUCGAUAUCUAUACGAAUACAUCAAACCCGGUUUCACGUACAAUGUGUUCUAUUCCAAAACGGUCACCAAGCGUUUGAACACGAGAGGAAAGCCAUGCAGACUGGACCCAGUGCGAUUGCUGGGACAUGAGUUUGACUAUGACCAAGUGGCAUGCCAGUGGCACACAAUUUGUCAUCACUAUCAUACAAAAUGUGGAUGUCUGUGUCCGCUAGACGUGAUGCGUCGUCAACGCGCCUACCGGAAUCGAAGUCUAAACCACCAAGUUGCUCAACCGUUCCUCGCAGCCAAAUGCCCUGACUGGUGUCAUCACAAUCAUCCCAUCGCGCUGGUCAAUUCGUCAACUUGUCCGCUUGCUUGCCAUAUGGUGGCCUACAAGAAACUCAAUCACGUCGAAGAUGACAACAAGAAGGCCAAUUUGGUCAGACUAGUCUUAAUCCAAGCCGAAGGUUUGACAGAGAUGAUAGAAGAAGAAUUGUAUUCACUUCCAAAGUUGUUCAGUGAAAUUGGCGGUCUGAGUUCGUUUUGUUUCGGGUUCAGCUGUAUGCUAUUUUUUGAACUGAUCGAACUGGCGUUCUGGCUUCGAUGCACCUAUCGACCGGAAUUUGCGCUGAACCGUGACGCGGCACGUACAUCUGAGAAUACAACGGAAGGGCAGCAGACUGCCAGAGAAUGUUUGAAUGACAUUCCACUGGUAUCUACAACCAACAACCACACGCAUAGGCCACAUGCUAGAACAGUGACCGCCGAAGAUAACCCGGGUUUACAAAAUCCUAAAAAGUGCUCACACAUGCCCAAUUGUAUGGGUUCUCUGACCCACAGACCCAUAAAUCGAUACCCCAUUAUCCCUGAUGAUUAUAGAUAUUCGCACCGCAUCGCCUUGCAUCCUUUGAAAAUAUGUCGAGUCGAUGGACAUCGUUUGAGCGAGUAUCCAAGUGAACAGGAUAGUCCAAUUUUUGAAAUGAAACGAUACCAUAGAGCUCAAGAAGGACCUAUGGAGAAAACGGACCCACUAUUGGCUCAUCUGGAUUUCUUCUAUGUACCCUCGUCUGUACAAACCUUUGUUGGUUCCCACCACUAUGAUGUACCAAUUGACGUGAAAUUCUCACUGAGUUACACGUAG